AUGAAGCUUCCUUUUCUUUUCGGAGCGUCACGCGCCGCUUUGUUCCACACGACUGCCCCUUCUCAUGUCAUGGCAGGCGGUGGCUCAGCAAAUGGUACCGUCAGAUCGCAGCUUUGCAGCCUGUACAGGCAUGUGAGGCGCGCCGCGGGCAAAUUCAAGUCUCCGAUGUUCAAGGAAUAUUUUUUGAGGCGGGCCCGUGAAGACUUCCGGGACAUGCAAGACCGACUGCCCUGUGCAACUGCCGAGGAGGUGAACCGAUUUAAACUACACAUGCAAGGCCAUUGUGAGCUCUUGCUUCGCCAGGGUGUAGUGGCGAACCUCUACCACACGGAUCACAUUGUUUACCUCAAGUGA